UUGUACUCCAAAAUAUCCUGCUCUGAAUAUUUACUGCACUUAACCAAGUGCCCCUGCAGCUGCAGUCAGGUUGUUCUCAUCACUUGGAUGCAGCAGGACUGAAGAGUGAGGAUUUGCUUGGGAAGUCUUCCCUUAAAGACAUAGAAAAGUGAGCCUUCGAGGGACACACUGGGGCUCAGUGUGAUCCUGGCAGAAAACCGUGAGCUGUCGAAGAUGAGCCUAAACAGCAGUCACACUCUGACUGUCAGCGGACAGGACUUGGCCAAGAAUGGCAGCUGCAGCAGCAGCCGACCCCCCUGGGAAGAUGCUAGGACAGUUUUGAAGCCUUCUACUCCCACCAGGAAACCUCAACCACCCAAGCCGGAGAAUGGCAUCACCAUUGCCGUGUCGUCCCGAGUCCUCUUCAACAUGGAAAAAGAGCAGCAGAUCUUCGAGCAGCAAGGCAUGGAGGAGUACAUCAAAUAUCAAGUGGCGCAUGAAACCGAACCUUUCAGCCCAGGACCAGCUUUCUCCUUUGUCAAGGCUCUGGAAGCUGUCAACACUCAGCUGAGGGAGCUUUAUCCAGAGAGCGAGGAGCUCUUUGAUGUUGUGCUGAUUACCAACAACCACGCAUAUGUUGGUCUAAGACUCAUCAAUACCAUCAACCAUAACCAGUUGUUUAUUGAGCGCUUUUGCAUGACUGGAGGAAACAGUCCCAUAGGCUACUUAAAGGCCUACCACACCAACCUUUACUUGUCUGCUGACCCAGUCAAAGUUCGUGAGGCUCUGGAAGAAGGUAUAGCAGCAGCCACCAUGUUCACCCAAGAGAAGAUGACAGAAGUGUCUGAGACUCAGCUUCGUGUUGCCUUUGAUGGCGAUGCUGUCCUCUUCUCCGAUGAGUCUGAGCAGAUUUACAAGGCCCAUGGACUCGACAAGUUCUUUGAGCAUGAGAAAGCGCAUGAGAACAAGCCUCUGGAUCAUGGACCACUAAAAGGCUUCCUGGAGGUUUUAGGAAAGCUGCAGAAAAAGUUUUAUGCCAAAGGCCAACGCAUGGACUGCCCCAUCCGGACCUACCUGGUGACCGCUCGCAGUGCAGCCAGUUCUGGAGCCAGGGCCCUAAAAACUCUGCGCUCGUGGGGUCUGGAGAUCGAUGAAGCUCUUUUUCUCGCAGGUGCACCCAAGGGCCCGAUGCUGGAGAAGAUCAGGCCGCACAUUUUCUUUGACGACCAGAUGUUUCACGUGGAGGGGGCAGCGGAAAUGGGGACAGUGGCGUGUCAUGUGCCCUAUGGGGUCGCUCAGAGUGUAAGGAAAGGAGGGAAGGACAAAGAAUCCUCUCCUGUAGUUAAGUAGCCAGGAUGUCUAACUUUAAUAUCCAGCUGUGGGAUGUUUUUGAAGCUGGAGAAUGAUGUUAAAUAAUAAUAAUAAUAAUAAUAAUAAUAAUAAUAAUAAUAAUAAUAAUAAUAAUGAAUACAUAAAAAUCAAGCAAUAUGAAAUAUCUUAUUAGUUUCACCAAAAACAUCACAAGCACUUUUAAAAGAAAUUUUAUCUUCACAUUUGCAUAAAUGUAACUUUAUGAGCCCAUUUAAUUUUACUAUAACCCAUUUAAUAGAAGAAAGUUUGGGUUUCUUAUUCUGAUCAUAUGAAUAUGUGCAUUGUUGUAAUUUCUGCAUUGAUAUGGUUUUAUUGACAUCUAGAUGUUCACCUUUUGAAACACAAUGUGACAAAUAAAAAACACUAUUUAAAAUCAAUCAAAUUUACAUUUGCAAGUAUCAGAUAUAUACAAAAGGCAUAGUUUAUUUAGGGAUAACAUUAAGAAACAUUAAACUAAUAUUUUUGUAAAUUGCAAUUUUAUGCAGAUCUAUGGGUUGGUGCAAUUAAACUAAAAAGAGCUAAACUGGUGCCUUUUCCCACAGUUCUUGUCUUUGUUGUUUCUUUGUCAUAAUGCAUGUUGUUGGUGAGAGUACAUUGUACAACUCAUUUAUUUAUUUAUGUAUCUGGAUGUAACUAACAAUUGUAAAUAAGGUCUACUGGAAGACUUGAAAAUGUUGCUCGUGUUUCUUUUUGUUAAAAGAUUCUGUAAGUUUGAAUAUAUUCAGCGUUUGCUGAUAACCACCAUGUGCAAUUUUAAUGUGUGCUGCUUGUUCCUAAAGUGCUGAAUGUUCUCCGUUUCUCUUUUUGUUGCAUCCCUGUCUAAUUUUGUCAUGUAGAUGCUAAUGAUGUUUUUGCACUUGCUGCUUUAUGAGUGAGUGUGAAGCAAUUUGUGUUACAGGAAAACAGUGUUGAUGUCAAAUGAAUUUGAUGAACAAGCAGUUUUUUUUUUUUUUUUUUUGUCACAACUGAAGUAAAAAUUAAUGAACAUGAAAUUUUAAAUGAAUCUUAGUUCAUGUUAAUCCAUUUUUUGCAGUUAAAGGAGGCUUCAUCUUCAUAUUUACAAUUAGAUAUUUUAGUCAAAACAAGAGAAAUUGAGAGUAAAUCUAUUUUAUAAAUAAAAAUAUAAAGAAUGAAUGCAAUUUAACACCAAAAUUAUUCUUCCUUUCGACAGCAGGGGGUGACAAAUAGUAAUAGUAAGGAAAAUAUUCCUAUUAUACAGUAAGAAGAACCAUGCAGAAGCUGACAAACACUUAUACUGAAGGACAUUUAGUCAAAUGUAUUUUUCUCAUUGUGCUUUUAGGGGCUGUGUCAUUAUGAGACAGCUUUAUUAAUUAUAUUUAAGCUUAUUAGCCAACCCUAACCUAUGUGGUUGUUUUAGCUGGAAGACUUAUAACC